AUGAGUGAUGUGAGGCGGCUGGCGCUGUUUUCCACACCCCCCAGCAGCACCCCCCAGCAGCACCCCCCAGCAGCACCCCCCAGCAGCACCCCCCAGCAGCACCCCCCAGCAGCACCCCCCAGCAGCACCCUCCAGCAGCACCCCCCAGCAGCACCCCCCAGCAGCACCCUCCAGCAACACCCUCCAGCAACACCCUCCAGCAACACCUUCCAGCAACACCUUCCAGCAACACCUUCCAGCAACACCUUCCAGCAACACCUUCCAGCAACACCUUCCAGCAACACCUUCCAGCAACACCUUCCAGCAACACCUUCCAGCAACACCUUCCAGCAACACCUUCCAGCAACACCUUCCAGCAACACCUUCCAGCAACACCUUCCAGCAACACCUUCCAGCAACACCUUCCAGCAACACCUUCCAGCAACACCAUCCAGCAACACCAUCCAGCAACACCUUCCAGCAACACCAUCCAGCAACACCUUCCAGCAACACCAUCCAGCAACACCUUCCAGCAACACCAUCCAGCAACACCUUCCAGCAACACCAUCCAACGACGGCAAAGACGACGGCAAAGACGACGGCAAAGACGACGGCAAAGACGACGGCAAAGACGACGGCAAAGACGACGGCAAAGACGACGGCAAAGACGACGGCAAAGACGACGGCAAAGACGACGGCAAAGACGACGGCAAAGACGACGGCAAAGACGACGGCAAAGACGACGGCAAAGACGACGGCAAAGACGACGGCAAAGACGACGGCAAAGACGACGGCAAAGACGACGGCAAAGACGACGGCAAAGACGACGGCAAAGACGACGGCAAAGACGACGGCAAAGACGACGGCAAAGACGACGGCAAAGACGACGGCAAAGACGACGGCAAAGACGACGGCAAAGACGACGGCAAAGACGACGGCAAAGACGACGGCAAAGACGACGGCAAAGACGACGGCAAAGACGACGGCAAAGACGACGGCAAAGACGACGGCAAAGACGACGGCAAAGACGACGGCAAAGACGACGGCAAAGACGACGGCAAAGACGACGGCAAAGACGACGGCAAAGACGACGGCAAAGACGACGGCAAAGACGACGGCAAAGACGACGGCAAAGACGACGGCAAAGACGACGGCAAAGACGACGGCAAAGACGACGGCAAAGACGACGGCAAAGACGACGGCAAAGACGACGGCAAAGACGACGGCAAAGACGACGGCAAAGACGACGGCAAAGACGACGGCAAAGACGACGGCAAAGACGACGGCAAAGACGACGGCAAAGACGACGGCAAAGACGACGGCAAAGACGACGGCAAAGACGACGGCAAAGACGACGGCAAAGACGACGGCAAAGACGACGGCAAAGACGACGGCAAAGACGACGGCAAAGACGACGGCAAAGACGACGGCAAAGACGACGGCAAAGACGACGGCAAAGACGACGGCAAAGACGACGGCAAAGACGACGACAAAGACGACGACAAAGACGACGACAAAGACGACGACAAAGACGACGACAAAGACGACGACAAAGACGACGACAAAGACGACGACAAAGACGACGACAAAGACGACGACAAAGACGACAUUAUCAACAGCGACGUCACGACGUGGGUUGAGCGCUUGGUGAACUGUCACUAG